AUGCAGUCUAUUGACAAUGCCAUAGUUGCCAAACUGGUGAUGGCUGAUCCAGGCCUGCCUCGACCGAAUCCAACCCAGUCAUACUGGCAAAAAAUACCCCAUGAACUGGCAAACGCCCAGUCCCCCGAACUCCCGACCGAACGAGACUUUGCGAUCAUUGGUUCAGGAAUUACUGGACUCGCCGUUGCCAAAACCUUGCUAGAGCAACAUCCAGCAGCAACGGUGACCGUAUUGGAAGCUCGAACUCUCUGCUCCGGUGCGACGGGGCGAAAUGGAGGCCAGAUGGCCGCCAACGUUGGCGAGGAAUAUAUGCAUCUUGCUGAAACCCACGGCCCAGAGAUGGCCGAGAAGAUUGUAUCAUUUACGUUUCGGAAUUUACAGAGGAUGCAAGACUUGAUCAAAGAAUAUGAUGCUGUGGAGACGAGCGAAAUGCAGCAGCUUCAAAAGUUGCGGGCCUUCUUGACCGAGGAUAAUUUCCGAGAUUUCAAACUGAGCAUCGCGCGCUUGGAAGCAGACCACCCUUCUUGGAAAGGUUUAUACACGAUCCUUGACGAGCAUACCCUCAUUACGGUCUGUCCCCCCUACAUCCCCCAAACAAAACAUAUGAACUAUCUAACCUUCUUCCAGAAAUACGGAAUCCAUGGAGCAGCAGGCGGAGCAUUGCUCCCAGCCGGGACCGUAUGGCCCUAUCGUCUAGUGACGAAGGUGUUCGCAGCUCUGAUGAAGAAGUACCCGGACCGACUGACCAUUGAGACAAACACGCCCGUUCAAGCAGUCGAGCACGAAGCUCACCAUGUCACGCCAAUUACGUCUGUGUUUCCGUACAUUGUCCGCACCCCUCGUGGCCCACUACGAGUCGGAAAUGUAGUCUAUUGUACCAAUGGCUACACGGGACACCUCAUCCCCAAACUGCGGGGACGCGUUCACCCCUUUAAAGGCACCAUGACGGUUCAAGACCCUGGGAAUGCUCUGCCAAACCAAGGAAAGUCCUUUUCGUGGGGAUUCCACUACCCAAUUACUUAUGAUCCCGCCACGAAAGAAUCGGGACAUGGACUGUAUUAUUUGGGACAAAGUGUGAAGACCGGCUAUUUCUAUUUCGGAGGUGAGAAUGCCCGGAUAGAGGACGUUGUCUCGGCCGAUGAUAGCUUUGUGGGAAAGAAAUCUGUGGCCCAUUUGCAGUCAGUUCUCCCACAGUUCUUUGGCAAAAGUCCCACGCCACCCUGGAAGGUUGUUAGCUCAUGGAGUGGGAUUAUGGGAUUCUCAUCCGAUGGACUCCCCUUGGUUGGACGACUUCCAUCGUCACUAACAGAGCGGAAUGGCGAGGGAGAAUGGAUUGCUGCGGCUUUCAAUGGAUAUGGCAUGGCCAAUUGCCUGAUGAGCGGCGAGGCACUAGUGUCUAAGAUGCUUGGAAAAAGCGUUGGUGAAUCUGAUUGGCUUCCGAAUGCCUACGGACUCAGCGAGAAGCGACUGCGAGACAUUCUCACAGCGCCUGAGUCAAUAAAGGCAUUGACAUCUAAGUUAUGA